AUGGAGAAUGCUCAUCCUCGCCCGCAUGAGAAUUCGCCAUCUCAUAUCAAGCCACGCCGGGCUGGUGUACCUUGUGUCAGAUGUCGCCAGAUGAAGGUGAAAUGUAAUGCUAGUCAAAAAUUCCCUGCACCUUGCUCCGCCUGCGAAAAGGCAGGUGACCCAUGUUCUGUUGACCCUUGGUUCAAGAGGAAGUCUAAGAGAAGUCUGAAAGCCCGCCAAGGAUAUGAAGGCGACCCUGCAUAUAGGACGCCCCAUUCUGAGGGAUCAGGUACUGGGCCGAUUGACAUGUCGUCGAGGCCGGAUGGUCCUUUACCUGCCUCUGAUACUUCUGUCGCAGGCAUAACUGCCGAACUACGCAUCGGCGGGAAGAGAUCUACCCGAUUCACUCAUGAGGCUACCGGUCUCAACCUCACAUCCAAUGUUGUGGCAGAACUGCUAGAAGAGUAUUAUUCUCAUAUCCACCCAAGGUUCCCGCUGUUGCUUGACCCUGCCACAAUCAUUGAUAGCUAUGAAAAAAUCCCCUUGCUGUUUUGGAGCGUGUUGGCCGUUUCAAGCAAAGACUCAGAGAAAUAUGCAUCUGACUACCCCCGGCUACAAAUUCUUUCAAAGCAAUUGGUAGCGGACAUCCUCCUCAGCGGUACUCGGUCUAUCUAUCUUGUUCAAGCUUUGCUUCUACUCUGCGUUUGGUCUUUUCCUCAUGAAGACAUGAACAAGGAGCCGUUUUCAAUGUACUCUGCAGUCGCCAUUUCUAUGGCGCGGUCUCUUGGUUUGCAUCGUCCACAAUAUCCCUUUCUUUUAUUUGCGGCAAAGGCAUCGGAUAUCGGAACAGUGGAAACUCGGACGUCAACAUGGCUGGCUUGUUUCAUCGUGGAUCAAUGGCAUACUGCAAGAUUUGGGGUGCCGGCUUCCAUCAAGAUCGACCAUACAGUCCUUCACGCUUUGAAUGAUUCAACAAUUGGUGUACCAGCGACAAUGAAAAUUCAACUCCACAUCGCCCUCGUCACCUCAAAGAUUUCGGCUGCCCUGGGAGAAUGCGAGACUUCGGCCACCGGGCUUACACCGAACCCCCUUCCGCUUUUGCGGGUUUUUGAAACGGAACUUUCUAUGAUACAAAACAGAUAUGCGUGUGAAUGGUCUCCUGCCGAGGAAGUAUCUUUGCUUGAUGCGCGACUCAGCCUGUACUCUUAUGUUCUCGACCAGAAAAAGACCGAGGUCCUGAACAACGUGCAUCCAGAGAAUGAACUCAUCACCCAGGGCAGCGCCACGGCGAGACAGCUCCUCGUCGUGCUGAAUACAUUUCCCGACGCACUGAGCAAAGGAACAUUUCAUGUUUUCCGCUCUGCAAGCUACGCAAUAUUUUUCCUUUUGCGCAUUCUUGGGACAGCACCCAGUGAGUGUUUCGAUGAGACGGGUGUCAGAGCCAUUAUCAAACAAACUUUUACGUUGAUGAGGGACAUGUCUCAGACAGCGAAUGACAGGCGGUCUCAAUGCUUCCGAGUAUGCAGAAUCAUUGAAAACAUGAUUAGCUACGAAGACUGGGACAAAGACACGCCGUUUUUAGGGAAAGCCGUGUCAUUCAUGGCUAAUAACUAUGUCGCAGACGUUGCCGCCAGGGGCAUGAUUAAAGCAAACAUGCGGCAUGCAGCUGCACAAACCGAACGCGAUUCUCGGGAAACCGUGGCAGCAGGAGAUCCGCCAGAGGUGGAAACAAAUUUUGACCUCGAUUUCGCGAUGAUAUGGGAUCCGAUGCAGUGGAAUGCGAAUUUGCAGGAUGCUGAUGACCUACUAUUUCUCAGUGAUAAUAUAGGUGGAACCUCAUAA